GGCCGCGCAGGGCCGGAGGAGGCCCCGGACCCCGCUCCGAGCGGGCGCGGUGGGGGCCGCGGAGCGAUGGGGGCCCGCGGGCUGUCGCUGCUGCUGGUGCUGUUGCUGGGCGCCGCGGGGCCGCUGCUGCUGCCGGCGGAGGCGACGAAGCCGGCGGACCCCGUCAGCGCCGAGCGGAGCCUGGCAUGGGGCCCCGGGCUGGCCGCGGGGGUCACCGUGCCCGUGCGGUACUUCUACAUCCAGGCGGUCAGCGCGGCCGGACGCAACUUCUCCCGCUCUCCGCCAGGGAGAUCACAGUUUAAAGUGGUAAUUAAAGCGCUUUCUCCAAAAGAAGUCACAAGAAUUUACACCCCUCGGCCUUUGGAUAGAAAUGAUGGUACAUUCCUUAUGCGGUAUCGGAUGUAUGGAAGUGUCACAAAAGGCUUAAAAAUUGAGAUACUUUAUGGUGAUCAGCAUGUGGCUCAAUCACCUUAUAUUUUGAAAGAACCAGUUUAUCAUGAAUAUUGUGACUGUCCUGAAGAAGACUCUGAGGUCUGGCAGGACAUUAUGUCCUGUCCAUCCCAAGAACCUCAGAUUACAGAAGACUUCAUUUCGUUUCCCACCAUUGACCUGCAGCGAAUGCUUAAGGAAAUCCCAGCAAAGUUCAGCCAGACAAGAGGUGCUAUUGUUCAUUACACUAUUCUCAAUAAUCACAUCUACCGGCGCUCCCUAGGGAAGUACACAGACUUCAAAAUGUUCUCCGAUGAAAUGUUCCUGUCACUGGCCAGAAAGGUUCGUCUUCCUGAUGUGGAGUUUUAUCUUAAUGUUGGCGACUGGCCAGUUGAGAAUCGGAGAGCUAAUGAUACACCUGGUCCUGUACCUGUCAUCUCCUGGUGUGGCUCUGUGGAUUCCAGAGAUAUCGUCCUGCCAACCUAUGAUGUAACCCACUCCACUCUGGAAGCCCUGCGUGGAGUCACAAAUGAUCUCCUUUCCAUUCAGGGAAAUACAGGCCCCUUCUGGGAAAACAAAACUGAGCGGGCUUUAUUUAGAGGUCGAGACAGCCGAGAGGAACGUCUCCAUCUUGUCAAGUUAUCCAAGGAAAAUCCAGAAUUACUAGAUGCUGGAAUAACAGGAUAUUUUUUCUUCAGAGAAAAAGAAAAAGAGCUGGGGAAGGCUCAGCUGAUGGGCUUCUUUGACUUCUUUAAGUACAAAUACCAAGUGAAUGUAGACGGCACCGUAGCAGCUUACAGGUUUCCAUACCUCUUGCUGGGUGACAGCCUGGUACUGAAGCAAGAUUCCCAGUACUAUGAACACUUUUAUAUUGGAUUAAAACCUUGGAAACAUUAUGUUCCGGUUAAGAGAAACUUAGAGGACUUGCUAGAGAAAAUAAAAUGGGCUAAGGAAAAUGAUGAGGAAGCAAGAAAAAUUGCUAAAGAAGGACAAUUAAUGGCAAGAGAAUUACUUCAGCCUCACAAGUUUUACUGCUACUAUUAUAAAGUGCUCCAGAAAUAUGCCGAACGCCAAGCCAGCAAACCUGAAAUACGGGAUGGAAUGGAACUUGUACCUCAGCCUGAUGACAGGGACUCAGUGUGCAGUUGCCACAGGAAAAAGCCUUUAAGGGAAGAUCUAUAACUGUACUGGAUGGAGAAAAUUACCCACUUAAAAUGCAAGAAUAGGAAUUAAGCUGUGAAAUCUAAGACACUUAUGCAGUAGCAGACAUUCUUAGUUAUGUAUUCUUCUUGUAUUUUCAUACCCUUUUUCACACUUAUUCUGAUGUACAAUGUUGGUUCCCACAGUUUUGGUUCCAUGACCACCACCAGACAGACACUGAGUCUGCAGUGGGGAGUGUCUGGGGGAUUUGUUUGAUGUACUGCAUCAUCAGGAAGAAGAGCACAGAGCUGCUCGUGUUCCAGAUGGGACCUGUUUACCAAAGUUUUAUGAGGAACUAGUCACCACAAGAGAUCUUGCCAUGAGUCAGUGCAAGUUAUUCUAAAGAAGCAUUUGUGAUACAUUAAAACAGUGUUAUGAUUUCUUCAUAAAGUUUACCUCAGUGUUAGAUUGUUUCUUGUAUACAAAACAACUUUUGAACUUGACAAAGAAAAUGAAUAUUUGAGAUUUACAGAUACCAGAUCUGGUCGUGCUUUCAAAUUAUUUUGUGGUCUAUGGCAGGUAACAGAAUAGACAACAUGAUAUAAUACUCAUCAAUUUUAGAGGAAAAUGGAGAGGAGGUGGAGAGAUUAGAAAAAUAUGUUUAUAAGCAUCAUGGCUGUGAGUCACCAGAAUUAAAUGCUGCUUUAAAACAGACUCUAUAGCUAUCACAAUCACAGUGCUUUGGGUGCCAAGUCCCCGCUCUGAAGACCUGUUCCCUACCAGUGACAGUGUCUGUGAAUGUAGGCACAGAUCCAAAAGUCCACAAAAGGACUUGGAAAUUUCAGGCCAUGGGAAACACUGGUGUCUUAGCUCAGCAAUACCAUCUACAGUAUUCUAGACUACUUGAAAUCUGAAAUUUGUUAGCAGAGUUUUAGACCACCUAGGUUCAACUUUCGUGUAACAAUCUAGGGGUUGAGUCCAUGUAAAGCAAUUGGGAAGCUGGUUGUCCUCCUUGGUUUGAUUCAAAGCCAUUUUUUUCCAGAGGGUGCCUUAGCUCCAGACUGGACAAGAGGUCUUCAGGUCUUCUGCUGAAGUUCAUGUGCAGCCAUGAAGCUAGCAAUGCAAAACUCACAAGGGCAGAAGGAGCUGGUCAUACCUUUGUGCUAAAGUGUGUCUUCGGGUGUGGCAGAAGAAGACUCCUCGUCCUGGAUGUGGCUCCAAAUGCCUCUGUUGAUUUUUACCCAAGUUUGUCUUCUUCAGAAUGCAUAAAUAGUCCUGGAAGGAGAUGCCAAUACCAAGACCAGUGCCCACAAGCACCCAUUUCUGUGUUUUCAUCUUGGCUAAUGCAGCCUGCCUGAGCAGCUCCCAACUCAGUAAAGUCAGAUGAAAGCUUUCAUGGAUACCAAAUUCUCCCUACACUAAAAAGAAUGGAGAUGUCUUAGGACAGUAGACUUGUCUGAUUGAUUUGGUGCACAACGUUCAGUGCUCUAUACCUCAUGAAGGCUUCAUUCUUGGUUCUAUACUGCAAGUUACAUAAAAUUUCUCCAUUAGAACAGGAAGAAAGGCUAGAUUUUUCAGUAUGCUAAAUAUGGAAAGAACUUUGUGUUUCUUAAGAGGUUAAUGCAACUGUCCAUCAGUCAUUUAUUAUAUUAUGCCAGUUAAGAAAAAAACCUGUAUCAUGUUGCUCUAACCAUAAUCCUCUUUGUUCUGGUUCAGCCCACUUCAAACACUCAUGUAUAUAGUGGUUGUAUUUUUAUUUAGCAUGAAAAUCAGUCCUAGAACUUCAGGCUAUAAAUAAAUGUUCAACUCAUCUGACAUAAAAUUUUCUACAUCAAAAUUCAGGAACGGGGUUCCAUUGCUGAAGCUUACACUUAAAACUGAGUAUGUGCAGCUCUUUCCUUCUAUGACAGUGUACGGUCAUUUUUACUGUAUUAUACGAUCUUAUUUUGGGAUAUUACCCACUAUACCAUGUGCUUUUUAUAUUCAACAGGAUUUGUGGAGGUGGUGUGCUCAGCAAAGGCAAUUAAGUGUAACAGAUGGUUGAACAACAAAGCUUUCCACAUAUUUCAAAUCAAGAGUCCAAAAGCGGUCCAUUUGUAUUUUUUAAAAUGGGAGAGAAUAGGGAGAGUCAUGACGCAUACUUUAUGGUUCUUUGGAAAUAGCUGUGUAGGAAAACUUGCCUGGCUUGAAACAGAAGUCUUUCAAACUGAAAGAAGAAUCAGAUAAAAGUUAAAUUAUGAAUAUAAAUAAAUGUGAAUAUUUUAUCCCUCCUUUCUUCCCUCAUAAAAAGGGAAACUAUUUUUAAUUCUUCUCUGCCAAAAAACUCCUUGCUUUUGUAAUAAGCAUCACUUCAAAGCAAAGACUAGUUUAUCAACAGAGUGCCUUACAGAUGCUUAUAUAGUUUACAGGCAAGAAACGUCCUGAAAAAUAUGACUGCAUUCAUCUUUUUGCUGUAAUUUAAAAAGUAGCAGAGAGACGGUGGAACUUUUACUACAAGUCCAUAGUAAUUGGAGAAAAUCUGGUUCAGUUAUUAACUGUAGCUCUUCCAAAGAUAAAAGAAGGUAAGGCAAAGUCUCUCUUUUUGUAUUGGUGCUACUCUAUACAGUUUAAAUUGUAAUGAAGAACAGUCAUAACAAUUGCUCCACCAGGCCCGAAAAGAUGUCAGAUCUAUUUGAGUUUGCUGAAAAGAUGAUACCCAUUGGCCUGGUGUGUUACAGGAAUUGCUAAAUAUUGAGUAAAACCUGUUUUUGCGAGUAAAGUGUAAUAUAUACAUUAAAUAGAAUUUCUAAGUGGCA